AUGGAAACCGUCAUGAUGACAGUCGACGUGGACCCCUGGGAUGAUUUUAUCCUUGAAAGGUAAGGCCAGGCGCUUGUUGCCUCUCUAGGCAGGUUGGGCAGAAACUCCUCUUUCCACCUGGAUAAUAACCAUCCAUGCCUCUCUUUUUAUCCUUCCUUUCUUCCUUCCUUCCUUCCUUCCUUCCUUCCUUCCUUCCUUCCUUCCUCCUUCCUUCCUUCCUUCCUUCCUUCUCUCCAGCUUGUUGAUCGUCUUCCCCUGGACCCGGAAUUUGAUCAUUAACAUCUGGGACGUCUCUGACCCUGCCCCCUCAUUAGGAACCUCUCCAGCCCUCUUUGCACGAGGUCAAGGAGGCUUUUCCGAGCUGCGUGAACUGCUCUGCGACAAGCUCCACGUGGACCCCCUCAACGUCAGGGUGAGGCUGCUCCCCCGCCCCAAGGGGCUGCCUGGGGGUGGGCUGGGGGGUGGUGUGUGUGUGUGUGUGUGUGUCACUCCGGGUGGCUUACAGGACAUAAAACAUGGUAAGACAUUAGACAUUUCCUGAUACAACAAGGUUGCAUUCAGAUUUCAGUUGUUCAUUUCCUUGACAUCUGGUGGGAGGGUGUUCCACGGCACGGGGGCCACAACCGAGAAGGCCCUCUGCCUGGUUCCCUGUAACCUCACCUUUCACAGUGAGGGAACCACCAAAAGGGUCGCUUUCAAAGGUAGCCCCACAUAGAGUGCAUUGCAGUAGUCCAAGUGGGAGAUAACCAGAGCAUGCACCACUUUGGCGAGACAAGCUGGGGGUGGGGUCUCAUCCUGUGGACCAGAUGGAGCUGGGAGACAGCUGCCCUGGACACAGAAAUGACCUGUGCCUCCAUGGAGAGAUGUGAGUCCAAAAUGACUCCCAGGCUGUGCCCCUGAUCCUUCAGGGGCACAGUUACCCCGUUUAGGACCAGGGAGUCCCCCACACCCGCCUGCCUCCUGUCCCCCCAAAACAGUACUUUUGUCUUGUCAGGAUUCAGCCUCAGUCUGUUGAAUCUGCUGUGGGAUCUGCCCCCUGGCAGAAGGAGUCACCCCCUCUUUUCUCUUCCAGCUCCUGUCGAAGUCCUCAUCACCCACCCCACCCACCCCCUUUGGACAGGAAUUCACCCCUGCUUACCACCAUGCCUUCCACAAGCUUUUCAGGGUGGUGGCUCAUGCGCUGGCCUGCCGGUCCCACUGA